AUGGGGUAUGGCGGUGAUCAGGACACUGGUAUGGGGUAUGGCGGUGAUCAGGUUGCUGGUAUGGCAUAUGGUUGCGAUUAGGACACUGGUAUGGCAUAUGGUUGUGAUUAGGGCACUGGUAUGGGGUAUGGCGGUGAUCAGAUUGCUGGUAUGGAAUAUGGUUGUGAUUAGGGCACUGGUAUGGGGUAUGGCGGUGAUCAGGUUGCUGGUAUGGAAUAUGGUUGUGAUUACGGCACUGGUAUGGGCUAUGAUAGUGAUCAGGACACUGGGGCAGGCUGGCACUGCAGUCUGUGGGUGU